AGUCUGCGCUAGGGCGCUUCGCGGGUGCGUUGCACGCGGCUUUUGCAUUGUGCCUGACUUUUUGGGUGCUUGCACAGUUUGUACUCUUGGUGACGUUUCUGCUAUUUUCCUUUUUUAAUCUCGGCAAUAAUGGCGGAUUCACACGACGACAAGCUGUACAAGGCGGAGUAUGCAAAAAGCAGCCGUGCAUCUUGCAAAAAAUGCAAAGAAAAUAUUGCUAAAGAUUCCCUCCGGAUGGCAAUAAUGGUGCAGUCUCCCAUGUUUGACGGAAAAGUGCCCCACUGGCACCACUUUUCCUGCUUCUGGCUCAGAGCGUCCGUCCAGUCCCCGUCGGAUAUAUCUGGCUUUUCCGACCUUCGCUGGGAGGACCAGGAGAAAGUCAAGAAAGCCAUUGAGGGUGGAGGUGCCACAGGAGGAAAGGCAGGCCAGAAGGGAGGGGCCAAGGGAGAGAAGACGCUGAAUGACUUUGCGGUGGAGUAUGCCAAGUCCAACAGGAGCACCUGCAAGGGGUGUGAGCAGAAGAUCGAGAAGGACCAGAUCCGUGUGUCGAAGAAGACAGUGGACCCGGAGAAGCCCCAGCUGGGCCUGAUCGACCGCUGGUACCACCCGGCCUGCUUCGUGAGCCGACGAGAGGAGCUGGCCUUCAAGCCUGAGUACAGCGCCAGCCAGCUGAAAGGCUUUGCGGGCCUGAGGGCCGAGGACAAGGAAGAACUUAAGCUCCGGCUGCCAGCGGUCAAGACCGAGGGGAAGAGGAAGUCUGAUGAAGUUGACGGCGAAGCAACUUCAAAGAAGACAAAAAAGGAGAAGGACGACAAGGAGGAGAAGCAGAUGAAGGAGCAGAGUCAGUUAAUCUGGGGCAUCAAGGACAAGCUGAAGAAGUUCUGCUCCAUCAACGACAUGAAGGAGCUGCUCAUCGCCAACGGGCAGGAGGUGCCUUCAGGGGAGUCAAAUAUUGUGGACAGCCUGGCAGACUGCAUGGCUUUCGGGGUCCUGCAGCCGUGUGAGUCCUGCCAAGGUCAGCUGGUGUUCAAGAGCGACGCGUACUACUGCAACGGCAACAUCUCCGCCUGGACUAAGUGUGUCUUUAAGACCCGGACGCCCAACCGCAAGGAUUGGGUCUCCCCAAAGGAGUUCCACGAGAUUCCAUUCCUCAAGAAGUUCAAGUUCAAACGGCAGGACAAGGUGCUUCCCAAAGAGUCUCCCAGCGCUCCAGCCCCUUCUGCUCCGACCACCAGCGCCUCCAGUGCCGCCUGCAUGUCUGAGUGUCAGCCCGCACCCUCAGAUAAGCCUCUCACUGGGUUAAAGAUCCUGACCUUGGGCAAGCUGUCAAAGAACAAGGAUGAGCUGAAGACAACCAUUGAGGAGCUGGGGGGGAAGGUCACCGGGACGGUCAACAAGGCCAACCUCUGCAUCAGCUCGAAGAAGGAGGUGGAGAAGAUGAGUAAGAAGAUGGAGGAGGUAAAGGAGGCCGGGGUGCGAGUGGUGUCCGAGGACUUCCUCACUAACCUCCGGGGCUCCGGAAAGGACAAGCAGGAGCUCCUCUCUCUUCACGGCAUCUCCCCCUGGGGGGCUGAGGUCAAGCUGGAAGGCACGGCCCCCGCUGCAGCCGCGCCCACCAAGUCCAGCGGCUUGGCUGGGAAGAGCACCGGCAGAGUUGAAGAAGAAGGAGGGAGCAAAGCCAAGAAAAUGAAGCUGACGGUUAAAGGAGGAGCUGCUGUGGACCCAGAUUCUGGUCUUGAGAACUGUGCCCACGUGCUGGACCAGAACGGUAAGAUUUUCAGUGCCACGCUGGGUCUGGUGGACAUUGUCAGAGGAACCAAUUCGUACUACAAGCUGCAGCUUCUGGAGGAUGAUGUGCAGAAGCGCUACUGGGUGUUCAGGUCCUGGGGUCGUGUAGGAACCACAAUCGGAGGAAACAAGCUGGAGAAAUUCUACGACAAGAACUCAGCCAUGGACAACUUCCAGAAUUUGUAUGAGGAGAAGACGGGGAAUGCCUGGACCUCAACCAGUUUCACCAAAUACCCUAACAAGUUCUACCCUCUGGAGAUCGAUUAUGGACAGGAUGAGGAGGCCGUGAAGAUGCUGACUGCCAGUGCCGGCACCAAGUCCAACCUGGAGAAACCAGUGCAAGACCUGAUAAGGAUGAUCUUUGAUGUGGAAAGCAUGAAGAAGGCCAUGGUGGAGUUUGAGAUUGAUUUGCAGAAGAUGCCCCUGGGAAAGCUGAGCAAGCGGCAGAUUCAGCAGGCCUACGCCCUGCUGAGUGAGGUGCAGCAGGCUGUGUCUGCUGGUGUCACGGAGUCCCAAGUCCUGGAUCUGUCCAAUCGCUUUUACACGCUGAUACCUCACGACUUUGGCAUGAAGAAACCACCACUGCUGAAUAAUCUUGACUACAUUCAGGCCAAAGUGCAGAUGUUAGACAACCUUCUGGACAUUGAGGUGGCCUACAGCCUCCUCCGCGGUGGGGCAGAAGACAACAAGAAAGACCCGAUUGACAUCAACUAUGAGAAGCUCAGAACCAGGAUUGAGGUUGUGGACAAGACAUCUUCAGAAGCUCAGGUUAUCCUGGAUUAUGUCAAGAAUACUCAUGCUGCUACGCACAAUACCUACACGCUUGAAGUAGAGGAGGUCUUCAGGGUGGUGAGGGACGGCGAGUACCAGCGUUACCGACCCUUCCAGGAUCUACCCAAUCGGCAGCUGCUGUGGCAUGGCUCACGCACCACCAACUACGCUGGCAUUCUGUCUCAGGGCCUGCGCAUUGCACCCCCAGAAGCCCCAGUGACAGGUUACAUGUUCGGCAAAGGUGUGUACUUCGCUGACAUGGUGUCCAAGAGCGCCAACUACUGUCACACCUCCCAGUCCAACCCUGUGGGCCUCAUUCUGCUAGCAGAGGUCGCCCUUGGCAACAUGCAUGAACUGAAGAAAGCUUCACACAUUACAAAACUACCAAAGGGCAAGCACAGCGUGAAAGGUCUGGGAAGAACUGCCCCAGAUCCCAGCGCUUCUGUGUUUUUGGAUGGCGUGCAGGUGCCUUUGGGUAAAGGCGUCAACACCAAUAUCGACGACACGAGCCUGCUCUACAAUGAAUACAUUGUAUAUGAUGCGGCACAGGUUUAUCUGAAAUACCUGCUGAAGAUAAAGUUCAACUACCAGACGUCCCUGUGGUGAGGCUGUCAGAUCUGAUGAAUCGGCAAUGUCUUGUGGUGGCUCCUGGCCUCCUCUCGGAGAGCGGACGUCCUUCAGCUGACGAGCCUCCGAUGUCCAAACGAUACCCGUCUCGCUCUUUGUCGGUAGUUUUGAAAUAAGCGAAAUGCUGUGUAGUGUCAUAAACCGAAAUCAGAUUUCAGCACAGGAGUUUUUUUGUCUUUCAGUUUAAUUUGUGCAUCGAAGCUUUGACUGGCCUGCACUGAAAGCAGAUUAAUUUUUGAAAGCGGUUCUGUUUAAACAGUCCCGGGGGCAGCAAGUAUUGGAAGCUGAACUCUUUUGUAAGCAAACAAAAAAAAGACAUAUCAGGUAGGUAAGUAUAAAGAUGCAACUGAUACAGCUUUUUCCACUACCCCAUGCCCCCCCACACACUAUUAUUUCUGCAAAUUCAAAAUACAAUAGAAAUUGUUAGAAGUAAGAAUAGUAUGCAAAGUCAUAGGUGAGGUAUUCCGAACUCGUAUUCAUUUUGGAUAUGCAGCAACAUUUGUAUCCAGUGCAAAAUGCUUCUUCUUUUUGGGCAACGCAGUGCUUGCACAGUAUGGGUACAAAGAACGGCUAUGGAAAAUAACUCGUUUUUUCAAGAAGGGUGUGGACAUUCUCUUGGGCCCAUUUUCAGAAAACACAUUCAGGGCUCAUUCGCUUAGUUACUGUUAAUGACCAUUACUAGAAUUCCUAGUAUAGCUCUUAAGGGGAAAACAAAAAGAUCUUAUUGAUCAAAAUGAGGACUUCAGUUGUAUUUUUGAUAUUGUUUUCUGUCUUCGUGAAGACUAACACUUUCAGUUACAGUAUUCAGGUGUUUUGGGGAUUGUAAUGUUACAGACUUUGUAAAAUUAUUUCACUCACUGAUAGAAUAAAGCUGUCUUUUGCCCAAUUAUAA